AAAACAGACAAAAUAUGAAAAAAUCAAAUCGCUUUAAUUUAUGUGCAGUAUUUUUUAAUCGGUAUUUGAAAUUAAAAAUCAGUCGCAAUGUAUCGAUGACAUAGUUGAAACUCGCCCAUUUAAAAGAUGUCAUCGGUUCGAUUAAUAACAAAGAAAAGUCAAAACACAAACAUUUACAAACAGCAAAAUGAAACAGAGUUCCUUAUCCAUAUUUGCCGAAGACAUCCUCAAGGAUUAUGGCAUUUUUAUGGAACAACAUGACAACAAAAUGCAAUUGUUACGAAAACAAUUGCUCAACAAUGGCACAGAAGAGCAAUUAUUGACAUCUGUCGUGCCGGUCAUAGAAAUAAACUAUAUAGAGAGUGAUAGCAUAUAUGGAAGCCUUAAUCUGAGACUAACUGAGCCGGAGCUGCUGGCCAACAAACCACUCACAACUUUGUCCAAUUUGUGCAAUCAGUGCAGCGACUUAACCAAAUGCGCACAACAAUUACAAUUGAAAUUCUUGAGUACGAGCAUUCAGGUGGAGAAUUUGCAAAUUUCACUAGGCAUAAGUCCAAACAUGGGCCUAGAGCAUAUACUGUGCAAAAUGAGUUCAGCAGUUGAUUUCUUUUGCCAAGUCUAUUUUAUGCUCAAGCGAGCGAUUGUUCUGCUCCAGAAUAUUUGGUCACAAAUCACUAGCUAUGCAUCCAUUGCUAUCGAUAUACACGAGGCGCAUCUCUUUAAUGUCUUCGAUGCAAUGGCCGAACUAUUGCAGCACAUCUUGAUAUUUAACGAGCUCACCGAACAGUCAAAUCUGUCAAACAAAUGGAGCUUCUACAAGAAGUGGCUUCAAACGUUGGCUAAGAAUAGCGAAACAUUUGACAGCUGCAGCGCCUUCGAGCUAAAAGGCCUGGAGACAUCGCUUAAUGAUAUAGAAAAUGUGAUUACUGGCAACAUCUUUCGGAUAUUUCUGCAAAGCUUGCUGGAGACCAAGCGACAGUUGAACCUGAAAGAUGCAAAUGUUAAUUAUAUAACGCAACAUUCCAAUGCGUAUAUGCGCAAACUGAUGAGCUGCAUCGAGACGAAUCAGGCGCACGACUAUAAACACUAUGAGGAGCCCAAGCAUCUGCUACGACUCGCUGCAUUUAUCUGCGUACUGCAUCAGCUGGGCAUUCUGCUCGAUGGGAAGCUGAUGAAGAACGCUCUGGAUACACUGAUGCGUUACCAGCGUGUUCCUUUAGAGCGAAACGUUUACUGGUCGCCCCACGCCUUCUUUAGCAAGCACGCGAAGACGUUGGUCAAGGCCCAGGAAAAGCAACAGGACAGCCUUAAACAAUAUCAUGCAGCAGUGGAGAAAAUAAAUCUUAGCGAUCUGAAAAGCUGCCGCCAACUGGGCACACAGCUGGCAUUGUGGUCGAUUAGUAUGCAAAGGGUGUUUGCUGGCGGCACCUUUGGCCAGUUGAAGAGCUUCUCGAAACUGAUUAUACAAGGCCAGGGCUAUGCGAACCAGGUGAAUGGCCUCAUCGAUUGCCUGAUCAAGCGGCACUUGACACUGGGACUGCACAUAAGCAAAGCCACUCUGUUUACGAUUUGCAAACUGACACAAUAUCUGCAAAUACUGCAGAAAACAUUUGCUGACAAUCAAAUCCUAUGCAUACGCUUUAUGAGCAGCCUCUGGCAAUGGCAAAAGCAAAAGAUUCAUCAUCUACUAAUGCUGACCAAGAAGAGUAUUGUCGAUCUGAAGCUAAUGCAAAAGAAGAUGAGCAUUUUGUCGACGCUAAAACUGUCAGAGAAAUCCAUCAAAGGCUAUCCCAACAAACGGCGGCUGACCAUUGUGAAUCUGGCGCUGAGCGAAUAUCUUGGCAAGGAUCGCACACUGCCAGCCGACAAGCAAAAGCUGCUCAAAUCCAUUUUCUUGCGCACCAACAAUCUCUGUCGCUUGCAACAAAAUAUGUUGGGCCAGUUCGAUUCAACGCAAUUGAUCAGCAACUACGAUUCGCUGACCUUGACCUCCGAUGCCGGACUCAAGGAGUAUGUGCAGCAGCAGCAUAAUCCCUAUUCACUGCAGAAUUUGUUUGCAGCCAGCAGCAAGUUGGACAAAAACCUGGCCUUAUACAGGCAUACAAGCUGCCCGACCACGCAGAAAUUACUAGACUGUGAGCGGGACUUUCUGUGCAAUCAUCUGGAAUAUCUAUUGCGUGUCGAGGCAUUGGCACAUCUAUUUCUCAGUCAGGAGCAUCCGUUCACGCAAACAACAUUCGACUACAGGAGCUGCAUCGAAGUGCCUGCGACGGAAGUGAAUGGGGCCUAUAGCAUACUGAAAGAUAAUCUUGAGAACUACUUUACGGCCACGUUCUAUAAUUUGACAACAAUCGCGCCACACGAUUGGAAGUCAUAUGAAAAGAUGCGUCAUCUCGCCAAUAAACUACUACAACUGCGGCCAGUCGAUGACUAUUUGCCCAAUCAGAUAAUUGACCAGGGCAUUGACGUACUUCAGAUAAUGCGCAAUAUUCACACUUUUGCCUCCACAUUCGCCUACAACAUGAAUCUGCAACUGUUUGUGGAGAUGCAGAGUCGAAACAAGCAUUUAGAUAUAAUUGGAACACGUCACGUCGCCAACUCCGUGCAGACCCAUGGCACGGGCAUUAUAAAUACGACUGUGAAUUUCAUUUAUCAGUUCUUGCGCCAGAAGUUCUAUACGUUCUCCACAUUCUUGCACGACGAGCAUAUAAAGUCGCGACUGCUUAAGGAAUAUCGCUAUCACGCUGAGCACAAGCACAGCAAGCCCUAUCAGUCGUAUCCCUAUGAGAGGGCCGAGAGCUUCAUUAAGAAAAUACGAAAACUGGGUGUGUCCAACAAUGGCGAGACGUACAUGGAUCUAUUUAGGAAGGUUAUAACACAAGUCGGCAAUGCUGUGGGCUAUGUGCGUCUGCUGCAAUCGGGCAGUAAAAAUGCGAACUUUAGAAGUCGCUCCUUUAUGUCCAGAUUCAACAGCAACUUUAUGCGCGGCGAGGACAAAGACUUGGACCCAACAACGCUCGCCUCAAUCAGGGAAUACGAGAAAAGUGUGGAGCAUCUCAAGGAGUGCUAUUCCGACUGCACCAACUACUUUAAGUUAUUGAUGCAGGGAUUCCAGCCAUUCCUGUGCAAUCCACACAAUCAUCAUCUGCGCACAUUUUUUCUAAUCACACCCGCUUUGAUUAUGAACUACAUCGACUAUAGGGUCAAGGAGAAACUGAAAAUGUACAAAAAGGAUCAAUCGAAAUGCUCGCUGUUCGAGGAUGGCUUUGCCAUCGGCCUCGUCUACAUUCUCAACAUGCUGAACCAGCUGGGCGAUUUUCAUGAGCUCGGCUGGCAUCUGACGACCACACAUCAAUUAAGUGCCGAGCGUCUGAAGCUCAAGGAUAUUCUGGCCACCCAAACCAAGAAUCAGAGCAGUUCGACACACCCAACGGCCACCGACGAAAAACUACUUCAGACUGUCGCCAUCACCGAGAGGCAUGUGAAUGCCUUCGAGCAGGAAUACAAUCUACUUUAUGCUACUUUGAGUAGUGCUGAAAUAUUCUUUCAAUAAAGUUCCAUCUGGCAGUUGGGCGCGUCGUGAGCUAAAGCUACAGAUCAACUAGAGAAUAUGUUAUGUUAAAAGUUAUAUAUAUAUAUAAUGAAUUUAUACAAUUUUACAAUUAUAAAACACGAACCAAUUCGUGCCUCGUGUCAUGUUGGCAAAACAAACACGACCUUAGCUCCAACAACAGAAAUGCAAAUAUAUGUAAAUGGAUUUCGAAAUUGGCAAAAAAUUUCAAAUUGUGGUUUAGUGUUAGCACGAACCCAUCGCUAACAAAGUUUGUAAAUUUAUUGUACAUGAUGUUAAAAGGCAAUGAAAUUCCAAAUUAUAUACAAUUGUCACACCUUUAGUAAAAGUUUGUUAAUUCGGGUUUUAUUUGUUUCUAAUUUCAUUUAUUAAGACGAAAUUAUAAAUUUGAUGUUUGGUAAAAUUGAGUUUCAAAAAACAUUUGUUAUCCAUAUGUUAGCUGUGGUUUAACUUGUUGUUAGACUAUAUGUUAAGGUCUUAAUGAGGGCACUUCUAAUGCAAGUUCUUCAAAUCGUGUCAAAUCACAAAAGUAUAUAUAUAUAUAUAUAUAUAUGUGUAUAUAGGGGUAGCGUAAAUGCAUGAAAAAUACAACAACUGGACAUGUAUUCAUAUCCUUGACACGAAAUCCUUCGAAAGUGUUUACAAUAUUUAGAUAUUAGAAUUUUUAUAGCGUUACACUUAGGAUUAAACACAAAUAUAACUGCUCGAGUUUAUCAUUCAAUUUAAAUCUUUUGAUAGUCACGCCAAUCGGGUUCAUUUCUCUGUUUAGAAUCGUUUUGCUGUUUUACUGCUGAGUCGUGCAGGUAUUACAAUCAGACUCUUAAGGUACACUAUUGUGCGAUUCUAUCUUGCAUUGAC